AUGGAACCGCACACGGUGCGGGCGAAGAUCGAAGGGCUGGAGGCGCUGCUCCCCGGGAUGGACGGCCUCGCACUCGUGGGCUCUCGGCCGCACCUCUUGGGCUUCGACGUCCGCCGAAACGUCUCCCUGAAGGUCUCCAGGCUGAGGGAGCUGAUGAUGGACCAGUCGCUGCCCCCGCAGCAGCGGAGGGGGCAGCAGCCGGGGAGGGGGCAGCAGGAAACGUCUAACAUGGCCAACGGUACAGAUGCCAGCGACGACCUUGUGGCCGCUGUGGCUCGCUGCCCGUCCUUGCUGACGCUCAGCUCCGACACAUCCAUGCGGAAGGUGGAGAAGCUUCAGGAGGCUCUGCCCUCGGGGCUGGUAGCGAGAACGAUCGUCGCGAAGGAGCCACGGGUGAUGUCGCUCGACAUGACCUCCACCGUCCCGCGAAAGCUGGCGGACCUUGCGCGCGCGUUCACAGAGCACGCCGGGGGCGCCGCCACCGCCGCCGCAGGAGGAGGCAGCGGCAGCGUUGACGACGACGACGAAGCAACGGCGGCGGUGAUGAUGGCGCAGACGCUCCGGUACAACCCCAACGCGCUGCGGUUCGACCCAGCCACCCUGGCGCGAAAGCUCGGGGUCCUGCGCGGCGCGGGCCUCUCCGCCGAGACCGUCUGCCGGGUGGUCGGGGGCGCACCGAGGUGCCUCUCGGCCGCGGCGGGGACGCUGGAGGCGAGGGUUUCAGCGCUGAGGGAGGCGUUUCCGUCGGUGCCGCUGAGCCGCUUGCUGGGGGAGGCCCCGUGCCUGCUGCAGAAGACGAUCGACCCUGUGGCGAAGAUCGAAGUCCUACAAGAACUGUUCCCGUCGUUGGACCCGGUGCUCCUCGUGGAGGGGGCUCCGAUGUUGCUGGCGCUGAGCGAGAACACCCUCAGGGUCAAGCGAGACGCCUGGAGGAGCAUCCUGGAGAACAGGGUGGACGUCCCUUGGGAGCAGGUCGUCGCCGAUUUCCCGCAGUUGCUCUGCCAGGGGUUGGGCAGGGCUGCACGCGUCCCGUUCCUCCUCCUCGAUGACCCGCCUGCGGUUGCAUCAACGACAAUGGCCGUGUCUCGUGCACCCCCGGGCCGCGAUAGCGAUAGGGUAGUGGCGACGGCGGCGGCGAUGGUGGCGGCCGAGGGGGUCGGGGAUGAGGUCCUACCUGCCACCCAUGCCCCCGGUGUUGCUUCGGACGGCGUUGCCGCUGGCGAUGGCGUUGGCGCAGCCGCCGCCGCCGCCGCCGCCGGAGGCGGCAGCUGGAGUAGCGGCGUUGGGAAGGAGAGGAGUGUCGGUGGUGGCGUUGACGGGGGCAGCGGCGUGGCCCCGAGGACAAUGUCGGCAGCGGCUGCCUUCCGCGAAAUCUGCAGACAGCUGCGGGUGACAGCGGUGGUGGUGGUGGUGGUGGUGGUGGCGCUAGUCGCGGUGUCGCCAGAGUUGAGGAGGAGGGAGAAGGUGUGGUGGACUGUUCCUCGCCCCCCGUGGUGA